AUGUGGUGGUUACUUAAAACAGUGUGUGUCCUCCAUGUGUUUGGAAAUACAUUUUGUUUCCUCGGGAAAAAAACUAAUAAUCCUGAGGCCAAUAUAGAUGUUAGUCAGAUAAUUUCCUACUGGGGUUACCCAAGUGAAGAGUAUGAAGUUAUCACUGCAGAUGGUUACAUCCUUCAGCUCAACUCGAUUCCUAAUGGGAAGAAUGGUGCUAAUUAUUUAGCCCAAAAGCCAGUUGUGUUCCUACACCAUGGCGUGCUUGUAACUGCCAGCACUUGGGUUUCCAAUCUUCCAAGCAAUAGUCUAUGCUUUCUUCUGGCAGAUGCUGGUUAUGAUGUGUGGAUGGGGAAUGACAGAGCUACUUGGUCCAGCAAACACUUAUACCUAGAUCAAGAUUCUAAAGAAUUCUGGGCUUGGCAAUUUGAUGAAAUGUUAAAAUGUGAUCUUACAGCCAACAUUGAUUAUAUUGUGAACAAACCAGGACAAAAGCAAAUUUAUUAUGUGGGCCAUUCCCAAGGAGCACUUACUCGUUUUGUCGCCUUUUCUACCAAUCCCACACUGGCUGAGAAAAUCGAAGUCUUCCAUGCAUUAGCCCCAGUCGCCACAGUGAAGCACACCCAGAGCCUGUUUAACAAACUUGCGCUUAUUCCUCACUUCCUCUUCAAGAUUAUAUUUGGUAACAAAAUGUUCUACCCACACAAUUUUUUUUUACAAUUUCUAGGCGUUGAAGUGUGUUCUCAUGAGGCACUGGAUGUCCGUUGUAAGAAUGCCUUGUUUGCCAUUACUGGAGUUGACUAUAAAAACCUUAACAUGAGUCGCUUAGAUGUGUAUGUAGCACAUAAUCCAGCAGGAACUUCUGUUCAAAACGCCCUCCACUGAACACAGGCUGUUAAGUCUGGGAAAUUCCAAGCUUUUGACUGGGGAGCCUCAGUUCAGAACCUAAUGCAUCAUCAUCAACCCACACCUCCCAUCUACAAUUUAACAGCCAUGAAUGUCCCAAUUGCAAUAUGGAAUGGUGGCAAAGACCUGUUGGCUGACCCUCAGGAUGUUGACCUUUUGCUUUCAAAACUCCCUAAUCUCAUCUACCACAAGGAAAUUCCAAAUUACAAUCACUUGGACUUAAUCUGGGCAGUGGAUGCACCUCAAGAAGUUUACAAUGAAAUUGUUUCUUUGGUGGCAGAAGACAAAAAGCAGUUUUGA